AUGGAGAGAGGGUGUGGGCCGCGCCCGGGGUCCCCUGAGCCGCCCCCCCGCCGGCCCUGGGCCGCCAGGGUGCUGCAGGAGGCGACGAACUGGCGGGCAGGGCCCCCAGCCGAGGCCCGAGCCCGGGAGCAAGAGAAAAGGAAAGCGGCAUCGCAAGAGCGGGAGGCCAAGGAGACCGAGCGAAAAAGACCGCCCCGUCCAUCCGCGCAGCCGCAGAGCGACCCAAGGGCGGCGUGGGCGGGGCCCUGGGGAGGUCGCAGGCCGGGGCCCCCCAGCUACGAGGCUCACCUACUGCUGAGAGCCGCUGCCGGGACGGCCCCACGACGUCGCUGGGACCGGCCGCCACCCUAUGUGGCUCCACCUUCUUAUGAAGGUCCCCACAGGACUUUGGGGACUAAAAGAGGCCCCGAGCCCUCCCCGGCGCCGUUCUCAGCAGCCCCUGCUCAGACGCCGGCCAGGACAGAGGGAGGGCGCACAAAGAAAAGGCUGGAUCCUCGGAUCUACCGGGACGUCCUAGGGGCUUGGGGUCUACGACAGGAGCGGGGUCUCUUGGGGGGAUCCCCAGGCUGCGGAACAGCCAGGCCAAGGCUGGAGCCCCGAAAAGGGGCCGCGGAGAAAAGCCUGGGGCUGGCUGCUGCUGGCCUGAACAGUGGUAGCGACGGCCACCCCCAAGCCAAAGCUGCUGGGAGCCCAGGCAAGGCGACAGCUCCUGCGGGGUCUGCUACUGCGACUCCCAGCCCCCCGCGUCCCGCUCCCAGGUCCAGGCCCCAUUUCAAGGGCUCCGGGGAAGGGAAAGAAGGUAGAGAACAGAGUUGGCUUCCCAAAUCCUGGAUUCCCUCCCUUAAAAAGCAGCCUCCCCGACAAAGCCAGACCCUCCCCAGACCCUGGGCUCCUGGAGGCACGGGAUGGAGAGAGUCCCUGGGUCACAGAGAGGGGGCCAGACCCGAAACCUCGGAGAGCUGGAAGGCGACCCGCUGCGCCCACACCCUGCCCCGCAGUUCCCGCGGCCCUGCUCGUGGUGAAGGUGUCUUUGUCAUUGACGCCACGUGCGUGGUGAUAAGGUCCCAGUAUGUUCCGACCCCUCGAACCCAGCACGUGCAGCUUUUGCCCACUGGGGUGCCACGCACUGCAGGAGAUGCCCCCAGCCAACCCAAGCCCCACAAGGAGGAGGCCGAGGGGGCCGCGGUCUUUUCUUCUCCUUGCCAAAAGCUGCUGUUGAGCAGUCGCCUUUCACACCAGCCAUAUGGAGGGCGCGGGUUCGAAGCUGAGGGCGGGAAGCCCGCGGAUUCCUCAUUAGAAGAGCGCGCCUCCCGCAUCUUGGGACUCCCAGUGGGCGAAGUAAAACUGCAGGGCACCCCCACCCAGCCAGGUAGCCCAGAGCACUCAGUCUUAGGCCCAGCGACUUCGGGAGGUGAGAAUAGUGCCGAAGGCUCGGGGGAAGUGGCGCGGGUCCCCCGGCACGCGGGCCGAGGCUGGGCGCGGACCCCGGGGCCCUACGCCGGGGCCCUGAGGGAAGCAGUGUCCCGCAUCCGCCGCCACACCGCCCCAGACUCGGACUCUGACGAGGCUGCGGAGCUCAGCGCUCAUAGCUCUUCUGAUGGAAGCGACACAGAAGCCUCGGGCGCCUCCUGGCGGAAUGAGCGGACCGGGUCCGGGGAAGGCGGGAAGACAGCACAGCCGAGCGACAGUAUCCGAGAGAUUCUAGAUGUCAUCAGCCGAACAGAGGAGGUCCUUUUUGGGGAGAGGGACACUAAAGGGGCCCCACAGAGAAAUAGGGAGCGGCAGUAA